AUGAAAUGUCAAUUGCUCGCUAAUAUUUUCUUUCGAUGGUUUCGUAACGAUAUAACCCUGCAUUAGAUAUUAUCUUAAAUUAUAAUUACAACCGGUUGCAGAUCUUGUUCUAUAAUACAAUGUCGGCGCUCAUCAAACUGCGUCACAUGCCUGUGAUGCAACGAUGUCUGUGGAAUCAUGUAAACAAGGUUACCCGCACCAUUUCAACAUCUAAGAAGAAUAGCGAAACGGCCACCGCCGCCUGCGAAACCAAACCUCAAGACAAAAACUGGGUGAGCUAUGGAUUUGAUUAUGAAAAUAAAGAGGAUGACACCAGUGCCCACCACGCGUCCUACUUCUUUACUAUCACCUUAUGUUUAGUAUUCGGUGGUUUCGCCUGGGCCUAUGCUCCUGAUGUAAGCUUGAGAGAUUGGGCCCAGCGUGAAGCUUUCCUCGAGUUGCGCCGCCGUGAGAAAGCUGGUCUCCCGCCCGUAGACCCCAACUAUGUUGAUCCCAAGAGAGUGAAACUGCCAAGUGAUGAAGACCUAAAUGGUGUUGAGAUCAUCAUUUAAGUGUUGUUGAUGUAUAGUUUUUGAAUUUAUUUAAUAUUUUUAUGUAGAAAUGGUUAGACAAUAGGCAAAAUCUUUUUUUAAGUUCUGGAUUUUGUUUAAAUAAGGAUAAUUUUGUAAUUUCUUUAUUUUCUUUUUCCUAAGAACUAUUGUCUAUUAACUGUAUAUAUCAAAGGCCAUGCUCUUGCAUGGAAAUAAAUAAAUCAGACAUUU